AUGAAUUUAAGGAAGCCCACUUGCGCUCAUUCACGCUACGAAACGGCGUUCGUACUCCCCAAUUACCCGACGAGCAUCGCCGUUCCCCACUGAAGAAAAGAUUCACGCAGCUAUUCCCAGUUCAGAACAAGAUCUCUCCGUCAUCGUCUUUCUCAUACGUCGCAACAUGUCUCAGGUUGAUAGCAGGAAUUCCUCUGCAGCUAAACGUGCUAGAACUGAUGGUAGCCGAAGGGAAGAUGAUUGGACUUGUCCUAGUUGUGGGAACGUCAAUUUUUCAUUUAGAACAACUUGCAAUAUGCGCAACUGUACUCAGCCACGUCCUGCUGAUCAUAAUUCGAAAUCUGCUGCCAAACCCGUUCAAGCUCCUCAGGGUUACUCCUAUUCUGCACCUUACAUGGGUUCGGGUGCACCCUCUUCAAUGUAUCCUGGUGUACCACCAUAUGGUUCUUCUAUAUUCAACGGUUCAUCUAUACCUCCCUAUGAUGUGCCAUUUUCUGGGGGAUCAGCAUACCAUUACAACUAUGGCAGCCGGUUUUCUGCAGGCAGCCCCUACAGACCGUUGCAUUUAUCUGGGCCUGCACCUUAUUCGAGUGGAUCUAUGAUGGGAAACAGUGCAGUGUAUGGUAUUCCACCCAUAAUGGAUCGCUAUGGCAUGGCUUUGCCAAUGGGCCCUGGUGCCAUGGGUCCAAGGCCAGGUUUUUUUCCAGAUGAAAUGUCUCAGAAGAAGGGUGCAGACACUACUCGUGACAAUGAUUGGGCAUGCCCAAAAUGUGGAAAUAUCAACUUCUCAUUUAGAACUGUUUGUAACAUGAGGAAGUGCAAUACACCAAAGCCUGGGUCACAGGCUUCUAAAAAUGACAAAAGUUCUAAACAAAAGACUCCAGAGGGUAGCUGGAAGUGUGAGAAGUGUAACAACAUAAACUAUCCAUUCAGAACCAAAUGCAAUAGACAAAAUUGUGGAGCAGACAAGCCAGCGGAAUCAGAGAAAUCCCCAUCACCGGCACAGGAAGAAAAUGAUCAGUGAGUUCUAGAACAUGUUUGAGGGUUGAGAAGGUCCAGAUUUAUCUUCCAGCGUUGCUCAAUAUGGGUGUCUGAAAGUCAGUCUUGUCGUCCUCAUGUUGCAGCUGUUGUCAAGUCAGUCUACCUCUCUUGAUCCGUGUCAAGUUGUAUUAACUCAAUUUUUAGUGGUACUGGUCUUUUCACUCAAUUUAAUGCACUAUACAAUACAUAUGAUCUGGCAAAAGAUUUCAUGGUUGGUUUCUGAUAUUAGGGAACAUUGAAUCCACUUUUUUAGUCUAGUGGGCCUGUUAAUUUGUGCACUAAAAUAUGUUAUGAGUAGACUAAACUGUGCCCUUUUGGGUUACGGUUUGAUCUCUUCA